GUCUUUCCCCUGUCCUGUGUGGUGCAGAACUAUGCCUGGGGCAAGCAGGGCCGGGACAGCGAAGUGGCCAGACUCCUGGCUAGCAGCGAACCCAUCCUGCGGAUCGAGUUGGACAAGCCGUAUGCCGAACUCUGGAUGGGCGCGCACCCCAAAGGGGACGCCAUCAUUCUGGACAAUCGCAUCUCCCAGAAGACCUUGGGGCAGUGGAUUGCAGAAAACCCCGGGUGCCUGGGUUCAAAGGUCAAGGAAAUGUUCCAGGGGCAGCUGCCUUUCCUGUUCAAGGUGCUCUCCGUCAACUCCGCCCUGUCCAUUCAGGCGCACCCGAACAAGGAGCUGGCAGUGAAGCUUCACGCCCAGUACCCAGAACAUUACCCCGAUGCCAACCACAAGCCGGAGAUGGCUAUCGCCCUCACCCCCUUCGACGGUCUCUGUGGCUUCCGGCCUGUGGAGGAGAUUGUAACUUUCCUUCAGAAGGUUCCCGAGUUCCGAGCCCUGAUUGGGAACGUGGCCGCUGAGCAGCUGGAGCGCAGCGUGGACAACGACCCGCGGGGAGUGUCAGCCGCCCUGCGCAUCUGCUUCACCAGGAUGAUGAAGAGCGAGAAGAAGAUCUGCGUGGAGCAGCUCAAUCAGCUGGUGAAACGGAUUUCCCAUAAAGCCGCUCUAGGAGAAGAGACCUCGUCAAGCUGCGGCGACCUUCUGCUCCAGCUUCACUCGCAGUUCCCCGGAGACAUCGGCUGCUUCGCCAUCUAUUUCCUAAACGUGGUCAGGCUAGACCCGGGGGAGUGCAUGUUCCUUGGAGCCAACGAGCCGCAUGCCUACCUUUAUGGAGACUGCAUCGAGUGCAUGGCCUGCUCUGACAACACCGUGCGGGCGGGCCUCACGCCGAAGUUCAUCGACGUUCUCACCCUGUGCGAAAUGCUGAACUACGCUCCGGCCCCCAGCAGCUCCAAGCUCCUGACCCCCACCCAGAGCCGCCUGGACCCUUGCGUCUCCAUCUACGACCCCCCGGUCCCAGACUUUGCUGUCAUGAAGAUAGAGAUCCCUCCCACCGUCAAGCUGUACCUCGUUUCCGCCAUCGACUCGGCCAGCAUCGUGCUGGUGAUCAAGGGGAUGGCCGUGGGCACCUCCACCGCUGCCACCUCCGAAAUGGCCCUCCGCCCGGGCACCGUGCUCUUCAUCUCCGCCAACGAGAGCAUUUCCUUGCACCUCUCCGCCUCCGAGGGGAUGCUCCUCUUCCGAGCCUGCUGUCUCUUAUAA